CACUUCCUCCCAAGACCUGGCGGGGUCACGUGAUGUGGUAUUAGCUCGCGGACUCUCUGCUAUGUUUGUGAUUUGCGCUAACGUCUUAAAAAUGCCAAAUUUUUCGCCUCCAUCGGUUUAUUGUCGCCAACGGAGGCUCCGCGGCGGCUCCGACUCCCGCUCCCGUCGACACCGCUCGGAAACUCGGACUCCGAGAAAAACGGGUCGCGGGCGGCCUGCACGUCACGUGACCAGCAUGCGGCGGAGCGUUUGAUAAAAAGAUGGCGUGAACGCGGCGGAGCGGAGAGGACCACGAGCCCCGACCAACGGCUGAGCACCGGCGACUCACGAGCCGCAGCGGCCGUUGAACCGUCAAAUGGAUCCCGGACAGGAUUUACUUCUCGCUGCUCUCAGUGAGAGCGGGAUUUGCCCAAACGACAUUGGCAUAUUUGAUGUUGAUUCUCAGGAUGUUGCACAGCCCUCUACAACCCAGCAAUCUAUCUCCAUCAGUGCCCUGGAUGUUGGUGUGGGGACAGAGUCGGUGGAAGCUGUUCGACCUGAAACUCCAGCUGCAGUCCCCAUCGUUACGAUCAGGCACAAACCUCAGCCAUCAACCACCACGUUUGUCUUAAAUCAGCUGAAUCAGUUGCCGUCGCUCGGCGCUGUAGUGACCAAACAAUCAACUACAAACCCUAUCAAGCACACCAUCACCGUCACCAAGGUGGUGCACGUGGCCAACUCAGGCCUGCGAGGUCCAUCAACACCCUCCUCCACCAGUAUUCCUCCUUCGGCGUCCACAGUAGUGCCUUCUAACAAAGAUCAGCAGAUUCAGCUGAAAGAUCUUCUACGACACAGUAAUGUGAGGACCCCUGGGUUAAAGGGCAACAGUCUGGUGGAGCUCAUGAAGCUAAAGCCGCCACCUGACAUCGCUCCGCCGGUGGCCACGGCAACAGCCACAGGUGAAAUGAACAAUGGAAUCAAGAAAGAAGUUUUGGGUAAAGACGCCGCCAGGAUCUGGAUCAACGACGACGUUAAAGUGCAAAGCUUUUCUCAAACUAUGAAACCACCAGGCAUGAAGGAAGAGGACGAGCCGGAGGAGGAAGAGGAAGAUGAGCUGGGUCAUGCAGAGACGUACGCAGAGUACAUGCCAAUGAAACUAAGAAUCGGCGAGAGGCAUCCAGAUCCCGUGGUGGAGACCAGCUCCCUGUCCAGCGUCAACCCUCCUGACGUGUGGUACAGACUGUCCAUCCCGGAGGAGACCAUCGAUCGCGGCAGCCUGUCAGCGCUCCAGCUGGAAGCCAUCACAUACGCAGCUCAGCAACAUGAGACAUUCCUCCCUAGUGGCGACAGAGCCGCGUAUUUGAUCGGUGAUGGAGCUGGCGUAGGGAAAGGCCGAACAAUCGCAGGGAUAAUCUACGAGAAUUACCUCUUGGGCAGGAAGAGAUCUCUUUGGUUCAGUGUCUCGAAUGAUUUGAAGUACGACGCCGAGAGGGAUCUGAGGGACAUCGGAGCCAAAAACAUUCAGGUUCAUUCUCUGAACAAGUUCAAAUAUGGAAAAAUCUCGUCCAAACACAACGGGAGCGUGAAGAAAGGUGUGAUCUUUGCCACCUACUCCUCUUUGAUCGGAGAGAGUCAGUCAGGAGGGAAGUACAAAACCAGGUUUCAGCAGCUUCUCCACUGGUGCGGGGAGGACUUUGAUGGAGUUAUUGUUUAUGACGAGUGUCACAAAGCCAAAAACGUUUGUCCGAUCGGAUCCUCCAAACCUACAAAGACGGGGCUCGCGGUGUUGGACCUGCAGAACAAACUCCCCAAGGCUCGAGUUGUUUACGCCAGCGCCACAGGCGCCUCUGAACCUCGGAACAUGGCUUAUAUGAACCGACUCGGCAUAUGGGGCCACAAAACACCCUUCAGAGAGUUUGGCAACUUUAUCCAAGCUGUAGAGCGCAGAGGUGUCGGUGCCAUGGAGAUUGUAGCCAUGGACAUGAAGCUCAGAGGGAUGUACAUCGCAAGACAGCUGAGUUUUACGGGUGUGACUUUCAAGAUCGAAGAGGUUCCCUUGACUCAAAAAUACAUCAACAUGUACAACAAAUCAGUGAGACUGUGGGUGAGUGCGCGCGAGAAGUUCCAGCAGGCUGCAAACCUCAUGGACGCAGAGCAGCGCAUGAAGAAGUCGAUGUGGGGUCAGUUCUGGUCGGCUCACCAGAGGUUCUUCAAAUAUCUCUGCAUCGCCUCCAAAGUGCGGAGGGUGGUGCAGCUGGCCAGAGAGGAGGUGCAGAACGGGAAGUGUGUGGUGAUCGGGCUUCAGUCCACGGGUGAAGCCAGAACCCUGGAGGCUUUGGAGGAAGGAGGCGGCGAACUCAACGACUUUGUGUCGACGGCAAAAGGUGUGCUCCAGUCGCUGAUCGAGAAGCACUUCCCAGCUCCGGACCGGCAGAAGCUCUACAGCCUGCUGGGUAUCGACCUGUCGGCGAAGAAAACGCCGUCUCCCAGUGAGACGGCAGCCGAAGUCAAGCAGAAAGGAAAGAAGAGAAAAGGUCCGGAGGUCAAAAAGCAGCAGAAGAAGAAGCCUCGCAGACACGGCGGUCUGUCCGGUACGAGCUCAGAGGAAAGCCAGUCAGACGACUCGGACCGAGAGUCCGGAAAAGACUUGGACAGCGACGACAGCUUCAAGUCCGUCAGCUCAGCGGACGAGGACGACGACUUCAACCCGUUCAGAGACGAGUCCGACGAGGACGAGGAAGAUGACCCGUGGCUCAUCAGGAAAGAACCAAAGAAAGGGAAAGAGAAGAAGAAGAAAAAGAGAAGGAAAAGUAUUGAUCCAGACUCGAUUCAAAGUGCCUUGUUAGCCUCUGGCCUGGGUUCCACCAGACCCGCGUUCACUGCCCCAGUUACCCUCCCCAGCACACCUGCCCCAGUCAAGGCAGAGAGUCAGGACAGCUGUCUAACAAGUCAGGACGCGGUGGAACAUGCCCAGAAGAUGAAGAAAGAUCUGCUGGAGAAACUCGACGACCUGGCUGAGGAUCUACCUCCCAACACUCUGGACGAGCUCAUAGACGAACUGGGCGGCCCCGACAACGUGGCCGAGAUGACCGGGCGUAAAGGACGCGUGGUCAGCAACGACGACGGCAGCAUCACGUACGAGUCCCGGUCUGAGCUGGACGUCCCGGUGGAGAUCCUCAACCUCACGGAGAAGCAGAGGUUCAUGGACGGAGAGAAGCACAUAGCCAUCAUCUCAGAAGCUGCCAGCUCGGGUAUUUCCCUGCAGGCCGACCGUCGCGUCAAGAACCAGCGGCGGAGAGUCCACAUGACGCUGGAGCUGCCGUGGAGCGCGGACAGAGCGAUCCAGCAGUUCGGGAGAACACACAGGUCGAACCAGGUCACAGCUCCAGAAUACGUCUUCCUCAUAUCAGAGCUCGCGGGUGAACAGAGGUUUGCGUCCAUCGUGGCCAAAAGACUGGAGAGUCUGGGCGCUCUCACGCACGGAGACAGAAGAGCGACAGAAACUCGAGAUCUGAGCAGGUUCAACUUUGACAACAAGUACGGCAGAAACGCUCUGGAAAUUGUGAUGAAGUCGAUCGUAAAGCUCGAUUCUCCGUUGGUGUCUCCGCCCUCCGACUUUAAAGGAGAUUUCUUCAAAGAGAUUCAGGGCGGGUUGAUCGGUGUCGGCCUCAUAAAUGUGGAGGACAGAUCUGGGACGUUAUCGCUGGACAAAGACUACAACAACAUCGGGAAGUUCCUGAACCGUAUCCUGGGCAUGGAGGUCCAGCAGCAGAACGCCCUGUUCCAGUAUUUCUCCGACACGUUGGCGGCCGUGAUCCAGGAAGCCAAGAAGAACGGCAGAUACGACAUGGGCAUCCUCGAUCUCGGCUCCGGCGACGAGAAGGUGAAGAAGGUCGACUGCAGGAAGUUCCUAACGCCGGGAUACACGACAUCAGGACACGUCGAGCUCUUCACUGUGAGUGUGGAGAGGGGGAUGUCCUGGGAGGAGGCUACACAUGCCUGGGCCGAACAGAACGGACCAGAUGAUGGUUUCUACGUGCAGAUGAGGAACAACAAGAAAACGGCCAUAUUGGUGAAAGAGGUGAACACGAAGAAGAGGCUGUUUCUGGUUUACAGGCCCAACACGGGCCGACAGGUCAAACUGGAGACGUACACGGACAUCAAGAAGAAGUUCAAAAAGGUCUUGUCAGAAGACGCCAAGCAGCACUGGACUGAUCAGUACAUGUCGUCAGCAAAAAUAUGCUCGCAUGCAUUUUGGCGCGGUAACUGUAAGAAGGCGAUGGUGGGUCUGCAGUGUGAGGUGGGUCUCCGGUGCCGGACGUACUACGUUCUCUGCGGCUCGGUUCUCAGCGUGUGGAACGAGCUGGAGGAAGUUCUCACGCCCGUCAGCGGAACCAACGUGAAGGUGCAGAUCGUCCGUCUCCGAACAGAAGACGGACAGAGGAUCGUCGGACUGAUCAUUCCAGCGAACUGCGUGUCUCCGCUCAUUAACAAGCUGUCCACGUCGGACCAGUGCCAGCAGCUGGCCGUGCAGGAGCAGCAGAAGAGGCAGCAGCUCCACCCUCAGAGCCUCAGCCACGCGGCCAACACAUAGUCCGGGCUAAAGGGGGGGCUCCAGUCCCAUCUCCAUCUCCACCUCCGCCGCCGAGGUCACGUCCCGCCAUGAAAAGGGGACGCGUCCCUCUCUCUCUGUGUCUGUGUGUCUCUGCACUGCACAGGCUCCAGGAACCACCGCUGUCCCUUGUUGUGCACCCUCACGUCCCCCCCCCACCCUCCACCCUCCACCCUCCACCGAGGGGGGGGCGGGGGCGUCGCGCCGAGCCGAGGCCACGCUCGGUUGUAAAGCAGUGGUUGUAGAAAACGUCUUUUCCUUUUUCUUUUUCUUUAUUUUCUUUAAACUUUUAAGCUCCAGAGACUCCUCUAGAGAGACGGGUGAUGUAUCGUCCUCUGACAUUCAGAGCGAGAAGAUUUGUGACAUAUUAACCGAGAGGGUCUGAGUUUCCCCCAAAACAAAAAAAAAAAAAAAAAAAAAACCCUCCUCUCCUCUACAAAAGUUUAACUACAAUCCCACGUUAACCGGUGAAGGAAACUCGUGGCCCAGCAGCACUACAGCCGUGAUUAUUAGUGCAAAGACCAAAAAAGUGUCGGGAUCCACUUACUUCUGCUCUUUUCUCCGUUUGCACACGAGUUUCUUCCCAUUCGACGUUUUUUUUUGUUCCUCUUCCUCGCAGCAGGACAAAGUGCAAAGGUCUGAUAAUAUUUAAAGAUGAUACUGAGCUGCAUCCAGACUGAGCUCGUUUAUUCUCAUCGCGUUUGCCACUUCAUUAGGAACACGAGUAAAAAAAAACGUUCAUGAAGGUUCUGACGUUGAUUCAUUUCAAAUAUCUGAUGAAGACUUGGAGUUUAACUCGAGUCGAAUGAAUUCUCGUGUAUUUAAAGAACUGGCAACUGUGUGGGACAGUUUUCAUUGUUAAAAUAAAAGAAAGAAAAAAAAAAUAUCACCUGGAACGACGGUGAAAUAAAUCGGUAAUUAAGGCUUGUAAAUGUUGAAUUUAAAGAGAUUUAAAAGUGUUCCUUCGUUUUGUUGUUUUCAUUUCGUCGACUGUGUCGGAUCCGAUGUGGAGUGGAUGUUAAAUUAAAAACCGUCUGAACAGUCUGCAGCUCUUCAUCCCGCUUUUUAAUUUGUGUCUUUCUUUUUUGUUGCCUUUAAGUUUAAGUUAAAAAAUCCUCUCAGGGGUUAAACUCACACGAAGACCC